GAAAAAGUAAAACUAAAUUAAAGGAAGAAAAAUGUUGAAUUAAUUCGUUUUUUUUUUUAAUUAUUAUUUUCAUUUUUUUUUAAAGUUUUAUUUCUAAGGCUUUGCAUUGAGAUUGUUGUAAGGUGUAGUGAACAGGAAAUAUGUCACGGCGCAUGCGCUUCGACGACUUGGCUAUUUCCGAAUGUUUUUGUUGUUUUUUUUUAUUGCCCGCAGUGACUAGUUGAGUUUUUAUGCUACUUUUUUUUAAAACACAUGUUUCUUUCUACACAGCUCAGUUUCGAUCAGAUUAACUAACCUACACACCGCUGGAUAGAAGCUGUUGUUGUGCUGUUGUGUGGUUUAUUUUUUCAACUAUGGCUGACGUGUGACGAUUUGUGAUGAGUUCCUUAUUCACAGAAGUUGGCAGUGACUUGACCAUUCAGUGAACCUAAUCAGGUCUCUGGUUGACGGAGUUUUGGAUGCUGUUAGGUGGAUUUCAUUUAUCGCUGUGGCUUUGUUUUGUUUCUUUAAAUUCGUGUCUCUUUCAGGAUCGUCGCCAUGACAGGUAGAGGCAUGGGCGUUACAUAUAGAUACCUCCAGACAUGCCUCACGCUGUGUGCCUCCUUCGCCGUGCUCAUUUCGGCCUUAGAGAUGGAGGAAGAGAAGAAGAGAGAGGACUACGAAAAAGAUUUGAUCGCCUAUUUGUUUGACAACAAUGGCUACAAUCCUCUGGUUCGUCCGGUCAGAAACAACAACGACACAUUGGACAUUGCCUUCAACCUGGCCUUGAGUCAAAUUAUACAUCUGGAUGAAGUGAACCAGGUCAUGAAGACAAAUGUUUGGCUGCAACUGUACUGGACAGACUACCAACUCUCAUGGGAUCCAGCAUUGUUUGGAAACAUAGGCUCCAUACGUAUACCUCAAGACAAGGUUUGGGUACCUGACUUUGUACUAUUUAACAACGCUGAUGGAAACUUUGAGGUCACCUUCAAAUCGAACUGUGUUUUGUACAGCAAUGCUGAAAUCAACUGGAUCCCUCCUGCUAUAUAUCACAGCUCUUGCUCGAUCGACGUCAAGUAUUUCCCUUUCGACCAACAAACCUGCGAGAUGAAGUUCGGGUCCUGGAGCCACAAAGGCAAAUCUCUGAAGUACACUUUCCGGGACAACCGAGACAAGGUAGUGCUUGCAGACUACUUAAAGAGCGGCAGCUGGGACAUCAUUGACUGUCCCGGGAAAAUCGUCAAUGUGACUGAUAUCACGGGAGAUGUGCGCGAGCUGAUCGUGUUCGAGUUCAUCCUGAGGAGAAAGACUCUGUUCUACACCGUCAACUUGAUCAUUCCCUGCGUGCUCAUUUCCUUCGUCACCGUCUGUGUGUUUGUCCUCCCCGCGCAUCGUGGCCAGAAAAUCGCUCUGUGUAUAUCUGUCCUGUUCGCCCUGGUAGUGUUUCUUCUUCUGGUCUCCAAAAUACUCCCGCCCUCUCUGACCAUCCCUCUGAUUGCCAAAUAUCUUUUAUUCACAUUCUUGAUGAACUUUAUCGCCAUCUUCGCCACCGUCAUCGUCAUCAACCGGAACUGGGUCAACCCACACAAUCAUACCAUGCCGCCUUGGGUCAGGGUCGUCUUCCUGCGAGAGCUUCCUAAAUAUCUGCUCAUGUCCAGGCCAGACUUUGAAAAACGAUGGAAAGCCAUGGCUGAGCCCGAGUUUGAUCCCCCCGAGUGCAUCAACAAUCAACUCGCCAGAUAUGACGAGGAGUCUAUGGAGCUCGCGGAUAGAAGCUCCUCGCCCAAUCAAAUAACACAGUUGGGUGAAAGCCAAUCCAAUCCCAGCUUAUCUGAUGAAGCAGCCAGCAGGCAAACAGAUGUUCCUAAUGGUCAAGAAGUGUCCAGCCCUAGGCGCAGAAAGUUUGUGAUGACCCCUGAAAUACGUAGAACUGUGGAAGCAGUGAACUUUAUCUACACUCAUCUGAAAUUAGAACAAAACCACGUCAUGAUGCUAGAGGAAUGGAAGUAUGUGGCCAAGGUGCUGGACAGAUUGCUGCUCAUCAUCUUCUUGCUCAUCACAUUCUCCGGCACGGCUGGGAUUCUGAUCAACGCCCCGCACAUCCUGGAGUUUGUUGACCAGGACAAGAUCAUCCGAGAACUGCAAGACUAUUUGACCAAAGUGCAACCAUCAUAAUACACGCGAAUAGAAGGUGCAACUCUGGAAGUUUCGGCUGCAUGGGGUAAAGUUAAAACUGAAGAUGUCUCGGUCUGAAAGUAAAGUUGUCGUUUUGAAGAGGAAAAGAUUAACAAGAGACUCUUCUUACCUACGUACUGCCAAUAGUUAUGCAAUGCUGGUGAAUGUAUUGGCUGCUAUGUAUUGUUGUGUACAGUUCACUGUACGUAAAUAAGGAUACGAUGCCAGUAAUCAGUGUGGGUCAACACUACAGUGUCCUACCUUCUGUGUCCAUACCAGCUGUUUCCUAGCCACUAUGUCCUUUCAGUUCUGUCCUACCAGUGUGUGCUAUCAGGUUAUUGGUUGCUGUUCUUUGUUUUCAUAAACAAAAAUGGAUGUUCUCUCGUGCUUUUUUUUUCAGAACAAAAUAAAUGUCACGUGAUUACAUUGUGUCCUUCAAAGAAUCUGGUGAAAUGUUGUAGAUGCUUAGAGUCUUGAUUCGUCUAUACUCCAUACGUGCAUAGUACAUCUGCAUUUAAUAGAUUGUAAUUUCAACAACCAGCUAAUAAAUCAUUUCAUUAUUCUUGUUAUUAUACAAAUAAUGUAUACAUUAGAACAUUCAUGUGUUUGUGUUUUGUUAUUGCAAGAUCAUUUUGUAUUUGAUAGACCUGAGACUUCCUCCAAUCAUUUAGUGUUUUCCUUUUAUUUCAUUUAGUUUGUUUACUCAUGUCUCAAAAUUUAUCUUUUUUUUUUAAAUGUAAAAUUAGAUCAUAAUCCAUUUUCUUCGUGGGCUCUUCUUGUGAGUGCCAUAUGAAGUCACCAUACAAUCUGCAGUCUCCUAAACACUAAUGUUGAUUGACUAUUGUAUAUACCAUUGAAAAUGUUGUGACUUGUGAAAUAUGUCUUGAAAUGUGCUCAGACUUUAUGCAUCACAUUCGAUUUGGAAAGAUUUACUUUUUAAAGGUAUGCAAAAGCACCUAAUAAUUUCUCUCUUUCUUUCUCUCUCUCUUUCUCUCUACAUCUCUCUUUGUCUUUCUGUCUCUUCUAUUUUCCCCAUCUCUAUAUCUCUUUAUUUACUCUAUUCUUUUCCGCUAUCCUCCACUCACACUCCCCCUUUUCUCUCUGUUCUCUCUCUCUCUUUCUAUUCCUCUCUUAUCCCUCUCUCUCUCUAUCUCUCUUUUUGUUUCUCUCUCUAUCACUCUCUUCCACUCUUUCUCUGUUUCUCUAUCUCUGUCUUUUUUUUUCUGUACAAGUUUUUAUAAACAAUAAUUUCGUACAGUGUAAAAUAUUUAAUGCCCGAUCAUCUAUGUACCCAUUUCUAGAAGAACCUAUUCUAUUUAUGUUUAUGUACAUACAUUAGCCAAAUAUAUAAUGCAUUUUUAAAAUGCAAAUAGUGUGAUAUAAAAUAUAAACACAGAAUGAAGAAUGUUUUAAUUAAACCCAGCUCAAGUGUGUCCAGUAUACAGCUUCAUAUUUACAAAGUUACUAAGUCAUGACUUUUUACAUAUCGAUAUAUUGACCUAAGUAUAGACUUUACAUUGUGUUGAUUUGUAUGAUCCGCAAUAUUCAAUUGUAAUUUCCGAUGACUUUUUGACAAGAAAUUGAACUCAAUAAAAACCACCAGUCUAUGGUACAAAGUAGACAUAAAUCUCAUUUGUUGGUGUUGUUAAUGAGAACAUUGUCAGAGGGAUUUCUGUAGUGUCUGUGUCAAUGUGUGAGCUGAGAGAAUGAUACUUGUGGAGUUUGUAGUGUCUGUGUCAAUGUGUGAGCUGAGAGAAUGAUACUUGUGGAGUUUGUAGUGUCUGUGUCAAUGUGUGAGCUGAGAGAAUGAUACUUGUGGAGUUUGUAGAAAAUGAAGAUAAGCCAAACUCAAGAGUACAAAGACAUUAAUAUCCAAAGAGUUUAGGCACACCAAGUUGUAUAGAGUAAGUCACACCAGGUUGUCUAUAGUUAAGUCACAUCAGGAUGUCUAGAGAUAAGUCACAUCAAGUUGUCUAGAGUUAAGUCACACAAGAUGACUCCUAGAGUUAAUGAACCGCAAGGUGUCUAAAGAUGAGUAACACUUAAGUGGCUCGAGAAACAUCAAGUUGUCAUUAAAAUAACAGGACAGCAACCAGCCAAAACAUCAAGUUGUCAUUAAAAUAACAGGACAGCAACCAGCCAAAACAUCAAGUUGUCAUUAAAAUAACAGACAGCAACCAGCCAAAACAUCAAGUUGUCAUUAAAAUAACAGGACAGCAACCAGCCAAAACAUCAAGUUGUCAUUAAAAUAACAGGACAGCAACCAGCCAAAACAUCAAGUUGUCAUUAAAAUAACAGGACAGCAACCAGCCAAAACAUCAAGUUGUCAUUAAAAUAACAGGACAGCAACCAGCC